AUGACGACCGCACCGCAUAUACCAGCCAAGGCGCACAGCACCGAGGAUGUGCACCAGCGGCCAAAAGGCAUCUUGAAGAACUCUUAUUCUUUCCAGGCGACAGCCCCCGCCGUGCCAGCGACCACGCCACCCUCGGUGCCAACCAAAACGGAGCCUGAAGAAACCAAAGACCUAACGCUUCAAAACACUCUGCAGAAUGCAGGUCGGCGUCGUUCCUCGUCCACCACACACCCUGGCUCCUCGUCUCGCAGACAGUCGCUCGUCAGCGCCCACGACGACAACUCACCCCGCCUCAAGUGGGACGAGGCCAAUCUGUAUCUGACGGAGCAGGAACGAACGGCCAAGAUGAAGAUCGACGAGCCCAAGACCCCGUACGCCCCGCACUACGACCCUGCCGAGGACGAGGAAGAGCUCCGGCUUGAAGAAGCCCAGGAGAGCCUGAUCGAUGCCCAGGACGUUGUGGUGGACGAGCUCGACAAGACCACCAAGGGUGGCCACCACAAGAAGGGCGUCUCAGAGGACGACAUCCCUGAUCUCGAGCUGGGCGAGGCUGAGGAGUCUUUGCCUGCUGGGUCUGAUGCUGCGUCGGAUCCUCGCAUUUUCCGCGACCGCAGCUUGAGCACCGACUCGCACAGGGGCGAGAAGCAUGUCCAUGUUGGCACAGACGCAGCUAACGGUGAUGCAGCGUCCAGUGGUGAUCAUCUGUUGACUACCGAGGAGGCCCAGGCAAAACACCGCCAGUUUGAGCAACAGCGGAAGAGGCACUACGAGAUGAGAAACAUCAAGGAGCUGCUUGCCCACCCAGAGCAGUUGGAUGAAAUGGAAGAAGAAGAAGAUGCCGAGCCUGGUCCUCCGCCUACGGUCCCUCAGAUUCCUGAACGGUUCCGCAAUGGUGGCCGAUAG